AUGUCCAAACCACAAUGGUUACCUUUGAUAGAGCAACAGCUCAAAGAGAAUCCCAAAGCUCUAUCAUAUGCAUUCUCCACCUUAUCGGAAGAGAAUAAACCUAAAGUGAGAUUUGUGAUUCAUCGAGGGAUUACUUCUAGCGCACUACUACUCACUACAACCGAUACAAGGAUGUCCAAACCAGUACAUCUGGCUCAUUCACCAACGACCGAAAUAGCAUGGUGGAUUGAAAACACGAAUGUUCAAUUCAGGAUCACUGGAUCAGCCGUCACCAUUCCAUCGUCUAGUGCUGACGAUGAAGAUAAGUUUAAAGAAGCAAUUAAGAAAUUGGGUGUGGAAGGAUCAGAAGAAGGUACGAAAGAAUACUGGGUGGAGAAGAAGAAAGAAUUGUGGAAAAGUGUUUCAGGUCAUUUAAGAGCAGGUUUCGGUAGACCAAAACCUGGAACUCCUUUAGAUCAAGUUCCUUCAAGUGACACUUGGCCAGAAACUAUUCCUGCUGAAUCUGACAAACCAGAAGAGCAAAAGACAAUCAAAUUCGCUUACGAUAAUUUCGCAAUUAUAGCCAUUGCUCCAGAGGCAGUAGAGUACCUAGAAUUGAAACCAAUUCCCAACAGACGAACUCAGUAUAAGAGACAGAGUAAUGGUGAAUGGGAAGAAACAAAAGUUGCACCUUAA